CGUGCUGCGGGAUACCGGUGCAACGUUCAAAAGCAUGAAACGCAUGCCGUCUAUACCCUAAGCAGUAUUUCGCCUUCUGCUUUACCAACAACAUCAGCGCAAUUGGCACAUCCUCGGAAUUGCCUCUUGCGAAUUGACAGGCUGACCAGGGUGCCGAGCCCUAAGGCGUCCAAUAUUGCUUAACGCCUUCAUCUAUACAAACUCCAGCCAGCCCAGACGACAGCACAUCCCGAGAGCAGUAGGACACAGUCUACCCGACAAGAUGCCAUUCUAUCAAGACUACAGGCUCGCUGCCAUACCAACCGCCAUCGGAGCCAUUUGGGGAGCAUAUCAGGCGUAUCAACUCGCAUCAUUCAUACAGCUCUACUUCCUGCGCAAGAGUACACUGAAGCGAUAUCUCAAGCCAAAUCCUAGCGGAGAGCCAGCCUGGGCGUUGAUCACGGGGGCGACAGACGGCAUCGGUCGUGGCUUCGCGGAGGAGCUGUGUCAGCAAGGCUUCAAUGUGAUCGUCCACGGCCGCAACCCAGAGAAGCUUGAAAACGAGAGAAAGAAGCUGCUCUCGCGUUGGCCAGAGCGUUCGGUGCGGACGUUAUGUAUUGAUGCAGCGAACGAAGACGGCAAUGUUGAAGCUCUGGAGAAAGCCGCCGCAGAAUACCGAUUACUCGACCUCCGCAUCCUGGUCAACAAUGUCGGCGGAACAGGCAGAAUGGUGUCUUCUGUCCCACUCCACCAGCGAACAGCCGAAGAAUCGCGCUUCUUCGUCGACAUGAACCUUCGUUUCCCAACAGAGAUCACACGAAUUCUCCUUCCACAGCUUCGCGACAACACACCAUCACUCAUCUUGAACCUCUCGAGCGUGACGGCGAAUUUCGGCAUACCCUAUCUGUCCAUCUAUUCCGCUGCCAAGGGAUACAAUCAGUCAUUUUCUCGAUGUCUGACUGCGGAGAUGAAAGCAGAAGGGGUCGACGUGGAAGUGAUCGGACUCGUGGUUUCCGCUGUGGCAACGGAUCAUUACACCAGGCCCCAGAGUAUGUUUGUGCCCAACUCCAGGAAGUUUGCACAGGCUGCAUUAGGUGUUGUUGGCUGUGGUAGGACGAUUGUGGUGCCGUACUGGGGUCAUCGAGUACAGAGUUGGUUGCUAGAGCUUAUGCCUACCAAGAUCAAGGAGAGCUUGAUGGUCGAUGCUGGAAAGACCGAGAAGAAAAAUGAGGAAAGUGGAGCAACUGAUGUGAAGGCCCAGAAGAGCGAAUAGAGGCAAGGGGCAGUGCACAGAUUCAAGGAUUCAAUUCAUCCCCAACCGACGACUGCUAUUUUGCCAGAUCUCGACCCUCAUUGGCUCGGUACCGCUGGUGGGGACAGAGAGACUGCAAGUGAAGUGGCUCUCUCUGAUCGUCGCUCGACUCUCGCUCUACCAUAUUUCCAGCUCUGUUAGCUCUACACUGCCGAGAAACUCAGAGAAAGCCAACGUAGCACUCAUCUCUACGAGUUCAACAAUACUCAGUCCGCCACAUC